CGCCCAGGUAGCCCAAACCUGUCGGGCCGGUUUCGAGAGCGGCGGGACGGAGCCUGGUGAAGGAUGCACGGCCUGCCCCGUGCGCUGCCCGCACUCUCGGCCGCCUGAGCCCGGGCCGCCCGGGCCGCAGCCCACCGGCCGACCCCAUGCUGCGCGCGCCCGGCCUCCUGGCGGCCCUGCUGGGCCUGGGCCUGGGGCUGAUCCUGACCGUGACCCCGCGCGGGGCUGGCGCGGCGGACUGCGGGGGCCUCGGCCCAGCGGAGCGCCUGGCGUUCGCCCCGGCGGCCAGGGCCCGUUGGCUGGCCCCUCGCGUCCGCGCGCCGGGGCCCCUGGACACCCUCUACGGCACCGUGCGCCGCUUCCUCUCCGUGGUGCAGCUCAACCCUUUCCCCGCCGGUGGUGCGGUACGAGGCGGGCUACUUGGUGUGUGCUGUGAUCACCGGCCUCUACCUCCUGGUGGUGCCCACCGCUGGGCUCUGCUUCUGCGGCUGCCGCUGCCGCCGGCGCUGUGGGGGCCGGGUGAAGAUGGAGCACAAGACGAUGGCCUGCGAGCGAGGCAGCCUCAUGGCCUUGCUGCUGCUGACCACGCUCGUGAUGCUGUGAGGGACGCCCGGCUCAGGCGGGAGGCGCGGGCCGAGGCCCCCGGUGCCCACGCGCAUCCGGCCAGCCCCUUCCUCCUCCCCCACCCCCGCAGGAUCGGCGUGGUCAGUGCCUUCGUCACCAACCAGCGCGUGCACGAGCAGAUGGGCCCCAGUGCCGAGGCCGUGCCGGAGACCCUGCUCAGCCUCCGGGGCCUGGUCUCCGAUGUCCCCCAGGAGCUGCAAGCCGUGGCCCAGCAGUUUUCCCUCCCUCAGGAGCAAGUCUUGGAGGAACUGGAUGGUGUCGGCAGGAGCAUUGGGAACAUGAUCCACACUCAGCUCAAGAGCACGGUGUAUGGGGUGCUGGCCUCCGUGCUCAGCCUGGGCCAGGCCCUGCAGGUCUCCGUGAACCACCUCCGAGCCCUGAACGCCACCUCUGUGGAGCUGCAGGAGGGGCAGCAGACCCUGGCACCGGCUGUUCAGGGGCACAGGGAGCACCUCCUGGCUCUGCUGCAGGAGCCCAGCUGCCAGGGCUGCGCAGAGGCCCUGAACAGAGCCCACGCCCUGGAGCUGGGAGCCGACUUCAGCCAGGUGCCCUCUGUGGCCGAUGUCCUGCAUCGGCUGAAAGGUGUCCCAGAGGCCAACUUCUCCAGCAUGGUGCAGGAGGAGAACAGUACCUUCAACUCUCUCCCGCUCCUGGCUGCCUUGCAGACGGCUGACGUGGUCAGAGAGCUGAAGAAGGUGGUGGCCCAGCAGCCUAGAGAGCUAAGGACGCUGGCCGACGCAUUCCCGGGCUGGGAGGGGGCUUCUCGCUGGAGCCAAGCACUAGAGGAGGUGGAACAGAGCAGCCGCCCCUACCUGAAGGACGUGCAGAGAUACGAGAGAUACAGGUGGAUUGUGGGCUGCGUGCUGUGCUCCGUGGUCCUGCUUGUGGUGGUCUGUAACCUGCUGGGCCUCAACCUGGGCAUCUGGGGGCUCUCUGCCAGGGAGGACCCCAGCCACUCAGAAGCCAAGGGCGAGGCUGGAGCCCGCUUCCUCAUGGUGAGUGUAGGCUUCAGCUUCCUCUUCGCUGCACCCCUAAUCCUCUUCGUCUUCGCCACCUUCCUGGUGGGCGGCAACAUGCAGACGCUGGUGUGCCGGAGCUGGGAGAGCGGGGAGCUGUACGAGUUUGCAGACACCCCAGGGAACAUGCCGUCAUCCAUGAACUUGUCCCAACUUCUUGGCCUAAAGAAGAACCUCAGCAUCCUCCUGGCCUAUCAGCAGUGCAAGCAAGGGGCUGCGCUCUGGACGGUCCUGCAGCUCAAUGACUCCUAUGACCUGGAGAAGCACCUGGAUAUCAGCCAGUACACUGCCAAGCUGCAGGAGGAGUUGCAGAAACUCAACGUGGACGUGAAGAAUCUGGAUCUGCUGAGCCCAGCCGCCCGCCGGGACCUGAAGGCCCUGCAGAACAGUGGGCUCGAGAGCAUCCACUACCCAGCCUUCCUUGUCGAGAUCCAGAAGCCUGUGGUGAACACCAGUGUGGAGAAGCUGGCCCAGGAGCUGGAGGGACUGUCCCAGACCCAAGGCAAUGCUGUGCUGGGGCAGCAGCUGCAGAAGGAGGCCCAGGGGCUCAGAAACCUCCAUCAGGAGAAGCUCCUUCCCCAGCAGAGCCUUGUGGCUAAGCUCAACCUCAGUGUCCAGGCCCUGGCAUCCUCUGCCCCGCAUCUCCAGCCGGAGACCUCAGGUGUCCUGGACAGAGUCGCUUACCUGAAAGGAGAGCUGCCUACCUGGGCCACCCGUAUCCUGAGGAAUGAGAGUGAGUGUUUCCUGACCCGGGAGAUGGGCUACUUCUACCAGUACGUGACCUGGGUGAGAGAGGAGGUGACUCAGCGCAUCGCCACCUGCCAGCCCCUCUCCGGAGCCCUGGACAAUGGCCGUGUGAUCCUGUGUGACAUGGUGGCUGACCCCUGGAACGCCUUCUGGUUCUGCCUGGGCUGGUGCACCUUCUUCCUCAUCCCCAGCAUCAUCUUCGCUGUCAAGACCUCCAAAUACUUCCGUCCCAUCCGGAAACGCCUCAGGGAUAUGGCUGCAGGGAGAUGCAAGGGGCUGCCUGCCUCCCCCACCGACUUGGCCUGGACCAGAGCACUCCUGUCGCUUUUGCCGCCAGAGCCCAGGCGGGCAUCCAGGCCUGGAUUGUCCCCCAAUUCCAAUUACCUGACACCAUCUUGCUACUCCCUUUGCACCCCCUUUCUGCUCAUGACCCCUUCAUUCAUUCUCAGAAACACACUUACCUUCUGGUGAAUCUCAGAGGCAACAGGUUCCUCCAGGUGCCCCUGCCUUACCCUCCUCGCUGCAAUAUACCAGCACCAGGAAAAGCCUGUUCUCCACCUAGUGGAACCCGCUCCUCAGCCCCUUAGGUGGGACAGAGGCCCUGCCCAGCCCCACUCUGUCCCAUGCACCCCGCCCAUGCCUCCCCGACCUCUGCAGGCUCCUUGCCCCUUUUCCUCCUCUCCUCUGACUCCCCACUUGCCCCACUUCAUUCUGUCUCCUCCCCAGCCCUCACUUCCUCCCCCCAGGAAAAGCACUUUCCCAGCUGUGUCCCCUCUUUAGCUUAUCCCAGUACCUCCUGACCCCAAGGACCCCUCCUGCCCAACCACACUGAUCACGUAAAGUCACCAAGCAGGCCAGGGGCCACCUGGGCCUGGGCCUGGGCUGGCUGUGGCCUCUGCCUCGUGACCCCGAGCCCUCCACUGCUUGGGGGCUGGGACCCUCCACAGACCCUGGCCUGGAUAUCGGGCCCCCGGGGGUGCAGGAAGCCCACGUGAAGGCUGAACCCCCGCCUGCGCCUUGGGCUGGAAAUCACGCUGCUGUCCCUCAGCUCCUCUCUGAGCACUGGCUCCCCAGGAGGGGACCUGGGAUGUGGGCUGGAGCAGGCGUUCCCUCUCAGCUCCCCAGGAGGUAGCCUCUUCGACAGCCUCUACCCAGCUUUCCCAGGAGGGAUCUGGUGGCGACAAGAGGAUUUUGCACUGUGGCCCUUACUCCUAUCCUCUGCCCGUGGCCGAGCAUCACCCCUCGUCCAUCCCUGUGCCCGCCCUGCGUGCCGGACCCUGAGUUCCAGAAAUGGGGAAGAGGAGGAGAGAGAAGCGGUGGUGGACAGGACCUCAGAUCCAUUAAAGUGUUCUCACUUGG